AUGUCAAGAUUAGACCGCUUGGUAACCUUAAUUGAGACUGGAUCGACUCCUUUUAUUAGAAAUACUGCUGCAGAUCAACUCAGCGAUCUGGCAAAGCAACAUCCGGAAGAUAUAAUCAGUCUUCUUUCUAGAGUAUAUCCUUUCUUACAAAACAAGAAGUGGGAAACUCGAAUUACUGCUGCUAGGGCUCUUGGUGGAAUCAUAUCACAUGCUUCCCAGUGGGAUCCUAACUGUGAGGAGGAGGAUACGGCUGUUGAUGCUGAAGCAGCAGUCACAGAUCAAAACUUCGAGGAAGUACUGGCGAAAUGUGAGGGAGACCUUGUCACUUUGGCCGAUUUUAGCUUGGCAGAAGUAUUACAAUCCGGUGUUGUGUUAUUGGCUAGUUCCGGAGUAGAAUACAAUCUUUUCAGCACUGAAGGAGCCGGUGCUGAUGGUAGUUCCAAAAGAAGAAAGAGCACGUUCACUACAAAAUUGGGUUUAGAUAGAGUUAAAAAAGAGGCUGCAGUGUCUCAACAAUUACUGGAAUCACAGGAAUUGAAACAGGAACCACAUGUUAAAAAGGAGGUGAAGAAGGAAGAUACUAUACCUAUGCAGGUUCAGCCUACCUCUUCUCUUCCCCCUCAUCCUCAUCACGUGUCCGCUCGUAUGAGAGCACUGGCCAAACGUAAAGCCAAGGCUGCUCGAUCUCAUAAUCAUAGAAACGUUAAUGUGGAUCUAAUGAAAAGCUCAGUUUCUCGUGAACUUUUCCACAGUGGAAAUCUAAAUGAAGACGAGAAAGUUAAGAAGGAAUCAUAUGACGUGACGUCUCAAGCGCAGGGUUCUAAAUUGGUUGUUGAGAGUAAAGUGGAAAUUUCACCACUUUUGGAAGAGCAGUCUAAAUACAGCAAAUAUGCGUGGCAGUUCCAAGGUAUAUACGAACUCUUAGUAAGGGAUUUGCUUAGUGACGUAUGGGAGAUUAGACAUGGCUGCGCGCUAGGUCUCAGAGAGCUUAUCAAGUACCAGGCUACAGGUGCAGGCCGGGUCAAGGGUAAGAGUAGAGAGGAAAACGAUUAUCGAAACAGACGCACUCUAGAGGAUCUCUGCGUUAGAAUGAUUACCCUCUUUGCUAUAGAUAGAUUUGGUGACUACGUUUCAGAUACAGUGGUUGCCCCAGUGAGGGAAAAUGCAGGCCAAGUCUUGGCUGCAUUACUUCUACAUCUUCCUGAUGAUACGGUCCUGACGAUCUUCGAUACCCUUGUCACUCUAAUUCGACAGGAUCCCGCAGAGUUGGGCACCAAAGUUCCCUGUUGGGAAGCCAAGCAUGGUGGCAUUCUUGGUUUGAAGUAUUUUGUUAGCAUCAGAACCGAUUUGCUUUUUGCGCAUCCAGAACUUCUUGACAGAACAAUAGCGCUGGUGUUAUACUGUCUCUCGGAUAAUGGUGACGAUGAUGUACAAAGCAUGGCAGCCGCCACGUUGAUUCCUAUUACAAAAGAGUUCGUCAACCUCAGGUUGGAUAUGGUUUUCGAAGUGCUCAAUGCCAUAUGGAGUAACCUAUCUGAUUUGAAGGACGACCUUUCCGCAUCCACCGGUUCUGUGAUGGAUCUUCUUGCAAAGCUCUGUCUCCAUAAGAAAGUUUUGGAAAAGAUGAAGGAAUACGCACUCAAAAACGAGAAAUUCAAGUUCAAGUUUCUUGUUCCCAAGUUAUAUCCUUUCUUGAGACACUCCAUAACCAAUGUCAGGAAAUCAAUGUUGAAAACGCUUCUUGCUUUCUUGCAAAUUGAUGAUGAUUCCGUAAAGGAUUGGAUUGACGGUAAGACGUUUAGACUAAUAUUCCAGAACUUGUUAAUGGAGCAGAACGCUGAAGUGACUCAACUUUCGAUGAAGGUGUACCAGAAAUUACUUGAAGAAGUUGGCAAGGGUGGCCAUGGGUGCAUGGAUGACCUAUUUCAGGAACACUGGCUUCCUCUUCUAAAGCUUUUAACAACACCAAUUGGUGUCGCCCGUUUCAAUUACUCGAUGGACACAAAAUACAUUCUUCGGCCUAGUGGUAGUACCCUGGCGUCUUCCGAUAUUCGAUUGACUGGAUUUAAUGUUCAGCAUAUGCACGGCAGAAAGAGAAAAUUGACAUCACCAUCCGAAAACGAUGACGACGAAGCCGAAACGAAAAGAGUACUAGCAGGUAUUCCCGAUUCCGAGUAUGACCUUAGAGUCAAUAUAGAUGCUCCUGUUAUCAACGGAGAUCUUACAUUGGUUAGCAAGGAAGUGUUAAUUCAUACAAGAAUGUUUGCGGCCACCGCAAUGGGUUUAACAUUGGCGCGCUAUGAGAACGAGAAUAACCUCGAUCAAAUAUGGAAGCAGAUUACUCACUACUUAAACGAUUCACAUUCUACUCCGCGAUUGCUUUUAGCUAUUGUGGUAGAUGAGUAUUGUAAAGCUUGCGAUAAGUUGGGUAAACAACCUUCUCAAUCCUCCAAGACAGCUUUUAUGCCGAUUUUCCAAGAGGCUCUUAACGACCCUUCGAGUUUACCAACAUUCCGUGAGUUUGUCCCCACCUUGAGAGGGUUGAGAACCCAAUGUCUGCAAUUGCUUGGCGUUUUCAGAGAAAUUGGUAGGAUUUCAAGCUCGAAGUUACCAACUCUGGCUGUUGUAGUGGAAGGUGAGAGGGACUCAGGACCAGGCGCCUUUGGUAUCUCUACCGCCGAAAAUAUCGUUGGUGACUGGUAUAAAAAAACAUACAAAUCGAUGCCCGCGCUUUAUAGGAUGAGCGCUAUUCAGCCACUUGAAGACACCAAGCAUCGGAUCAGUAUGGGUGUGGCAGAGGCUAAAACCUCGAAAGUUUCUCGGGCCACCAGUAUAUUAGCUUCUUAUGCAUCGUGCUUUGUUAGAUUGGAUGGUUUACCUAAAAAGUUGAACCCAAUUAUUCGUUCGUUGAUGGAUAGUAUUAAGACGGAAGAAUCUCCCCAAUUGCAAUCGAGAAGUGCAGAGGCAGUUGCUUCCCUUAUCAUUCUAUUACACGAGAGAGGAAAGGUCGGUGCAUCGGAUAAGAUGGUGAAAAACUUAUGCGCCUUUCUCUGCGUCGAUACAUCGGAAGUUCCUGAAUUCAUUCCAAACAGGCAGUACAAGAACAUUGUUCUUUCUUUGAAGAAGGAGGAGACUAAGACCGGUCCUGCCGAAUUGGCUGCUGCCGAGAGAGAAAUCCAUUUGGCCAAGAUCAAGAGAAGGGGUAGUAAGAUGGCAUUGGAUACAUUACUUGAAGAGUAUAAAGGAAGCUUGUUUGAUAAGAUUCCUAAAAUCAAGUCGAUGAUGUUGGAUGCUUUGGAAAUCUUUGAUGUUGACGAGGAGCGGGUGCCAACCGAUCGUGAGGGGCAAGCUGCUAUUGAUUCUCUGGAGUUGAUAAGAUCAUUGGUUGGGAAGUUAGACAAAACAUUGUACUCCGAGAUCUUUGACAGAGCUCACCUUGUUUUAAAAGCAUUGCAAUCAAGCUACUCUGUUUUCAGAUAUUCUGCGUCGAAAUGCAUGGGCAGUGUUUGUGCCACCGCACCAAGUAUCGGAUUCCGAACCUUAGUUAAGAGCAUAUUACCUAUGUUGAGCAAUCCUGUGGAGGUGACCCAAAGACAGGGUGCAAUUGAAUGCAUCUAUCACAUCACCAAUUUGAUGGGCUCAGAUAUUCUUCCGUAUGUGGUGUUUUUAAUUGUUCCGGUAAUGGGUAGAAUGAGCGACUCAGAUCAGAACGUACGAAUUCUUGCAACCACUACAUUUGCCUCUAUAAUUAAAUUGGUGCCCUUAGAGGCUGGUAUUCCUGAUCCUGCUGACAUGCCGAAAGAAUUGUUGGCCGGGAGGGAGAAAGAGAGAGACUUUAUUCAACAGAUGAUGGAUCCAUCGAAGAUAAAGCCCUUCGAAUUGCCAGUUAGUAUCAAAGCUACCCUUCGUAAGUAUCAACAGGAAGGUGUUAAUUGGUUGGCAUUUCUUAACAGAUACCACUUGCAUGGUAUUUUAUGUGACGAUAUGGGUCUUGGUAAGACAUUGCAAACAAUUUGCAUUGUAUCCAGUGACCAUCAUUUAAGACAGGAGAGAUUUGAGAAGACGGGGGCAUCUGAUGCAAGAAAACUCUGUUCUUUGAUUGUGUGUCCACCUUCUCUUACUGGCCACUGGGAGCAGGAAUUUGCCCAAUUUGCUCCAUUCAUGUCUGUCUUGGUAUAUGCAGGACCUCCUGUUGUUAGGGCCCAACUUCGUCCAAAGAUGAGCCAGUACGAUAUCAUUGUGACUUCUUAUGAUGCUGCAAGAAAUGAUAUCGAAUAUAUAAUACAGUCCGAGUAUAACUACUUGGUGCUGGACGAAGGACACAUCAUCAAAAAUGCCCAUUCAAGACUUACUCAAGCGGCAAAGAGAAUUCGUGCCGAGCAUAGAUUGAUUCUAACUGGUACACCUAUCCAGAAUAACGUCUUGGAACUAUGGUCAUUGUUUGAUUUCUUGAUGCCAGGAUUCUUAGGGACUGAAAAGGCAUUCCAUGAUAAGUUUGUCAAGCCGAUAGCCUCCUCGAGAACCAACAAGGGUAGUAGAGAGCAAGAAGCUGGUGCUUUAGCAUUAGAGACGUUGCACAAACAGGUGCUACCAUUCAUGCUUCGUAGAUUGAAGGAGGACGUUCUUUCGGACCUUCCUCCUAAAAUCAUUCAGGAUUAUUACUGCGAACUUUCCAGUUUACAGAAGCAGUUAUAUCAGGAUUUCAUAUCGAAGCAGAAAGGUUCGGUGAAGAAAGAAUUGGGAGACACCGAGAAAGACGGUAAGCAACAUAUAUUCCAGGCAUUGCAAUACAUGAGGAAGUUGUGCAACUCUCCUGCUCUCGUAUUGACACCAAAGCAUCCCCAAUACAAGGAAGUGACUGCGUACUUGCAUCGAUACAAUAUGGAUAUCAACGAUAUCCACCACGCUCCAAAAUUAAUGGCUUUGAAGAACUUGUUGAAAGAGUGCGGUAUCGGACUGUCUGGGGACUUGUCAUCGGCGACAGGAUCCGCCGAGUUGCUACAGGAGAAUGUUAUUUCACAACAUCGUGCAUUGAUCUUUUGUCAAAUGAAGGACAUGCUGGACAUUGUGGAAAAUGAACUCUUGAGGAAGAGAAUGCCAAGUGUGACGUACAUGAGAAUGGACGGAUCGACCGAUCCUCGGUACCGACAAGAAAUUGUGAAGAAGUUCAACAGCGACCCUUCAAUUGAUGUCCUAUUACUUACUACUAAAGUUGGAGGAUUAGGAUUGAACUUGACGGGUGCAGAUACUGUUAUAUUUGUGGAACAUGACUGGAAUCCAAUGAACGAUCUACAGGCUAUGGAUAGAGCUCAUAGAAUUGGCCAGAAGAAAGUAGUCAACGUGUACCGGUUGAUCACCAAGGAUACUUUGGAGGAGAAGAUUAUGGGAUUGCAGAAAUUCAAGCUGAAUAUUGCCAACACUGUGGUUAAUCAGCAGAAUGCAGGACUAUCAUCAAUGGAUGCGGGUCAAUUAUUAAACCUAUUCGACGAUGAUGCCAACGGGGCCAUCAAGGCUGGCGAAUUAGGUGGGGGUGAUAAUACAUACGAAGGUGAUACAGAUAAUAACGGAGGGAACAGCUCAGAUAAGACGGCAGGAGGUGGAGCGGAAAAAGAUGUUCCUAAUGAGGUUGGAUUGUCAGGCAAACUUGGCAACGCGGUAAAGGGGCUUGGAGAAUUAUGGGACGAAUCGCAAUACGAGGAAGAGUACAAUUUGGACUCGUUUAUCAAGACAUUGAAAUGA